AUGCCUCUCCCCGGCAAUACGUCCAGGCAUGUCUGCUUGGACAACUCCCACGCACCGCGUCGUCGCGGUAAAGGCGUCCUCACCACAACCACAACAACCACAAUCACCGCCACCACUUCCUCAUCCACCGCUGCCAACCCACCCUCGACCACGCGCCCUCCGCCCCUCGAGCUCCCAACCCGCGGGCCCGACACGAGCACCUUCAAGCACCUCUUCGCCACAGGCAAGGCCUACCUCACCUUCUACAAGACAGGUCUGCGAAACAUCUACCUCAACACCCGCCUCGUCUGGUCCCUAGACACAGCCUCCGGCAUCCCGCGCUCUGACACCUCGAGCAGCGCCACCACCCCGGCCACCAUCCGCGCCGUCGGCACCACCACCCGCUCGACCCUCCUCCUGCACCGCCGCUGGCGCCACGACGUCCGCCGCCUGCCCCUCUUCGCCCUCGUCCUGCUCGUCUGCGGCGAGCUCACCCCAUUCAUCGUCCUCGGCUUCCCCGGCGUCGUGCCCUUGACCUGCCGCAUCCCGCGCCAGGUUGAAUUGCUGCGCCGCCGCGCCGAGACGAGGCGCGCCACCUCGGCCGCACGGCUGCACGAUGAGGAGGAAGGGGAGGAGGAAGAGGACGAGGAGAAGGUGCGCUCCGCCGCCCUCGACCCGGCGCGCGCUGCGUCGCACAUUGCACGGUCGCUCGGCCUCGUCUCUCCGCUGUGGGACCGCCUCGCCCUCCCCGACGCGGCGGUCGCCUUUCUCGCGCGCCGUAGGCUGCACGGCCACCUGGCGUUCCUGGCAGAGGACGACGCGCUGCUCGCACAGGCGGGCGGCGCUGCCGUGCUGGAGGGCGAGGAGGUGAGGCUGGCGUGCGAGGAUCGGGGCCUCGACGUGCUGGGGCGGGACGUUGAGGAUGCUAGGGAGGAUUUGCGGCAGUGGCUGGCGGUGACGAGGGCGGCAGGUGAUUCUUCCGAGGCACGUCCUCGAAAUAUCUCGACGAGUAUGGUAAAGCCGUAA